AUGGCAGACGUCGAGGACCGUAAUACCCCAGCAUUCGAGCCCAAGUCAGCUGUUGGCUACGCAUCACACGUCGCCCUGCAGGCAGGUGCAGUCGGCUUCGUCGUGAGCUCUGUCCAGAACGCGCUGGGCAAACAUUCUCAUGGCGCGAUGGGUGUGCUGACGAGAACCGGAGGGACUAUUGGCUUCUUUGCCGCUAUGGGUGCUACAUUUGCGUUCACAGAGACCAUCGUCGCCAACCAACGGCAAAAGAAGGAUGCUGUCAGUGGUGCUGCCGGUGCUUGCGCAGCUGGCUUUUUGGCUGGAAUUAAAUCACGCUCAAUACCAAGCGCUAUUGGUGGAUGUGUCGUUAUGGGUGCCAUUAUGGGUGCAUUCGAUUACUCCGGAAAUCUAUUUGGAGAAGUACUUUCGAAGGAAGAGAGGCGAGCAAGAUUCUUCAAAACACCACCAAAACCUUUCUUAGACACAGCAGAAACCGCAGACUCCCAGUAA